AUGGCCAAUAUACGUCGUAAAGGAGAUCGUACUGAAUCAGUUAUACCACCAUCUACUGCACGUUCAACAACUACAGUAAUUGCUUUUGAUACUUCAAAAAAACCAACUAAUGCUGUAUUUAAACCAUGGACUUUAACACAACUAUGGAUUGAAAGUAUUUCUAAAGAAGCAUCAACAAGAAAAGAAUGGGAACACAUGUAUGGCUGGAUGGCUGAUUAUGAUUCUAAAAUUCCUAAUUCUCGUGGUCAUGAUUAUGGUUGGCAAUUACAAAAUCAAUUAGGAAAAGAAAUAGAACAUUUACAAACAUGUUAUAAUAAUCAACAUAAAAAACGUGUACGAACUGAAGUACUUGGUUAUGAUUAA